GCAGGGGCGGGACUCAAGAAGAAGCGAAGAAUCAUCAUUCAUCCAUCUCACGUAGGAGGGUUGUUUCAAAAGUUUGGUCUUCUCCUCCGACUUGUGAUAUGGGAUAAUUGUAUAAUGAUAAGCUGCAUUAUCUUUCGGCAUCACAAAUUAGAUGUGUGAUUGCUUGAGGCUGAUCAUUUCAAUUUCCUGAUUUGGAAGGCUUAAGUCAUUCGACUUUUAGACUCUAAAUCAGGAGACUUAAGUAUUAAUGCCGGGCAACGGAGUUGGAGAUAGGGUUCACAAUUUCUUUGCACAAGAAAACUUGUCCCAGGGACAGCAUUCACAUGCCGUGGGUGGGAACUCGCCUUCAGAUAACAAUUUGUGGGUUAGUAAUCAGAAACAAAUUGGUUCCCCAAGUCUCCAUACGAAAGCUUACGACCCUGAACAGUCAGAAGUUGAACCAAGACACGACGGUCUACGUGUUCCUGUCUCAAAUGGCUUAAACUUUAUGCAAGCAACUGCAAGGGCUGAGUUUACUAAAAACCAGUCUCAAAGCCGACAUCAAAUCAUGAACCGAUACAUGUAUGGACAUGAUGUGUUACAGCCCAGGCCGAAUGAAGCAGUUCUUUUAGGGUUGGAUAGAGACUCCACUCAAGAUAAUGUGAACACGAGAGGCUUCUUGGUACAUGAGUUGCAACAAGGGGGUGUUUUUGAGCAGAUAUCUAAUUCAAAUAGAUCAAAUGAAAUUGAUGCACAUGGUAGUUUGAAUCUUUUUGGAGGUCAACAUCAGACAAACAGUCAGCACCCAGGUUUACUUCAACGAGUACAACAGCAGCAGUCUGGAUUCAGUGGUAUAGCACUGCAGCGGCAGCUCAUGCUAAGAAAGAUGCAAGAACUUCAAAGGCAAAAGGAUAUGCGACAACUGAACACUAGGCAACAUAGCUCUCUAAAUCAAGCUUCUUCCUUUGCUAGACAGGCAUCCGGAAGCCAUCCACAUGGACUUGUUAAUGGCACUCCAACUUCUGAUUCUUCCGGUUAUGCUUGGAAUGAGCUUGCAGCAGGUAACACAAACUGGUUGCAGCGCGCUUCUCCAGCGAUGCAGGGAUCCUCUAGUGGACUUGCCUUUUCCCCUGAGCAGGGUCAGCCGCAACGGUCCAUGGGUUUUGUUCAACAGCAGGUUGAUCAGUCUUUAUAUGGGGUUCCUGUUUCUAGCUCAAGGGGCCUACUAAACUCGUAUCCUUACGCUUCCACAGAUGAGGUCUCGACUCAACAAAUGCCAACCUCUGGAAAUUCAUUUCCUGGCAACCAUAAUGCUGGUAUCCGAGAACAGGUUAUCAGUCAUGAUGGAACUCUGGUCAGUAGGCAAGGCGUCCCAGGUAAAAGUUUGUUUGGGCACAUGUCUGGUCAAGGUUCAAAUAGCUGGAUAAAGAUGGAGCAAAUUCAGCAAUUCACAUCCACCAAUCAAACUGGAUCAGAGCAGGAGUUCCAGGGUCCACUGGAUCUAAUUGGCCCUUCACAGAUGGCACAGGAUGAACCGGCAAUUGAAGCUUCACAUAUGGAAGCUUCUCUAGACCCCGAGGAAGAGAAAAUUUUGUUCGGUUCAGAUGAAAAUAUCUGGGAUGCUUUUGGCAGUGACAGAAACAUGGGUGGAGGAGCCUCUAGUCUGCUGUAUGAUAAUAAUGAAUUUGCAAGUGGACUCCCUUCUAUUCAAAGUGGUAGCUGGAGUGCUCUUAUGCAAUCAGCAGUUGCAGAAGCUUCUGGCACUGGUAUAGGCUUACAGGAAAAAUGGACUCCUUUGAACUUUCAGAAUCUUGAACAUCCAUCAGCUAGACACCCUUCAACGUAUGAAGGCAGCGGGAAACAAACGCCUUUGGCUGAUGUUAACUUGUCUAAUGCCUCAGCUAUGAGUUUUGGAGUUGGUGGUGCCACAAUGAAAGAUAAGCAUCAGAGGAAUGCGGGGAUCCAGCAUGAUGAUAAACAAAGUCCAUAUGAAAAUGAUGUGAGACCACUUUCCAAUUCUUCUGAACGAAUGAAUCAGUAUUCUUCAGGAGGGAGCAAGUGGUUAAAUGGUGGACCUCUUCAAAAGGUAGAUGCUGGGGGAAGUCAGCUAUAUGGAAGUAGCCUACCACAUAACAAAGAAAAUGAUUGGACUCCCACAGAAUCUACUUCAAACCCUGGAGACAGAGCCUUUAACACCAUUGAAAAUGGCUACUCAAUGCAACAAUCUCAGAGGAAUAAUCAUACAAGAGUCAUGCAGGAAGAAAUUGGUCAAGGUGAUGGUAUAUGGAGGGUUAAUGCUCUUCCUAAUUCCAUAGUUGAUCCGGAGUCCACAAAUACUUCCAUGGGUAGCCCACAGAUUAGUGGAGAAGGUUUUACUGUGAACAAUGCUGUUGCUACACCUAAUCUAAGCAACAUGCAAGGUGCUAGUCAUUUUGGCCAAUUCCCUAUAAAUAGCCAUCAACUUAGUUAUUGGAAACGAGUUGAAUCCUCAGUGAGAUCUAAAGGGACUGGGAAUUUGAGGAAACCACAGGGUCGUCUGAACAAGGGUUCGCAGGUUUCUGAAUCAUCAUUUAAUAGCUCUGAUAAGGAGGAUCUAAAGAUGCAUGAGAUAGAGAGCAGAAGUAAAAGGGAGAACUCCAAUGACAGCUACCAAUCCAGCUCAUCUUGCCAGGUAACUACUGCUCGUUUGAGAGAAAAUUCUUCAUCAGAUGCUGGUGAUUUCCGGGCCUUGCCUGCGACAAAACAACAUUCAUCUAAUCAGUCUGGUCGGAUGACUUCUGGUCAAAGAAAGUUUCAGUAUCAUCCGAUGGGAAACUUGGAUGAGGAGGUUAAAAUGCCUUAUGGAAAAUUACAAAGUACAAAUACGCAGGCAUCGUCCUUGCAGAAUUUUCGAAGAUUAAGAGGUCAAGGUCAAGGGAAUGUCGGACACAUUAACAUUAGCGGCCAGGUACCUAAAAGUUCUGCUGAAAUGGAAAAGGGGCAUGUAUCUGAUCUUGAGGGAAUCACCAAAGGAUCUCAUGGCAUAAGGUCAAAGAACAUGAUUGGUGGUCAUGAUAUCUUUGCUUCCUUUGAUAGAUCUGUAGGUUUAUCUACGUCAGAGAAGGAUUCUCAAUCUAGUCAAAAUAUGCUUGAGCUCUUUCACAAGGUGGAUCAAUCAAGAUAUCUUGGUAAUGCAAGGCAUUUGAACUCUUCAGAACACGAUUUAUCAUCAGAGAUGCAUGUACCAGAUUGUUCUGAUGGAUCUUUAGGAGGCCUCCAGAGAAGUCAGUCAUCAAACUCUCAAGGGUUUAGUUUACAACUAGGCCCUCCAUCACUGCGAUCACCCUUGCCAGAUAAUACUUCUAAAUUUUUGCGUCAGCCUGAGGCCUUUUGUAAUCUAAGAGACAGGGGUCAGGCGUUGUUGCCUUCUUUCCAGGAAACGCCCCAUGGAGGAUUUAAGAACAAUAGAAUUGACAGUUCUGAGCAAAAUACAACUGAAAUCUCAUUGCAUAAGAUGACAGCUAACUUGUCUUCAUCUUUGGGUGCUGUUUUUCCAGUUUCCAGGAGUCAGCUUCAAAACCAUCAAAUGGUCAGUGCAAGAGGACUAGCAUUGACAAAUAAUCCUGACAAUGAAUCUUUGAAUACGCUUACAGAUGAAACCUGUAAUGGACCACAUACUGGUCAAUCUGCAGAGGGUUGUAUGUCAAAUAAAGCCAGCUUUGGCCAGUAUACUGAUGCUGCAUCAAGUCACAGAAGAGUUAAAGCCUCACAAAUUUCAGGAGGGGAAAAGUUGCUUGCGACUCUGCCUCAAACAAGUUCCAGCAUGUCUGAACAUUGUCGAUCCUCAAAAAUGUUGCUCAAUGAAAGCACUGAUCUUUCAUCUCAGCAACAAGAUUUCACAACUCAAACUUGUGGAGUGCAAUUAAAUCUUUGCAAGUCUAGCCAGUUAAAUAUUGUUGAAUCAACUUCCAUAGGCCUUCAGAAUCUAGAGGAUCAUGAAGCUGAGAAGAGAGGGAAUCUAUUUCCUACCUUUUGUACAAGUUCUUUGAAUUCUCAGGGCCUAGCUUCUGCAGGGGUGCGGUCAACAAAAGACUCCUUUUCCUCACAAAAUGUAUUAUGUGGAGAGGUUGAUGGAGCUCAAACGAUGAAUGGAUCUCAGAAGGAAUUUCAUGCAAACCCUGCUACUAGUGAGAUUGAUCUCGAAGCCUUUGGACAUUCUCUCAAACCAAAGCAUUUCUAUCAAAAUAAUUCUUUGAUGAACCAAAUGAGGGCCACGAGAAAUAUGGAUAAUGAUCCAUGUAUCAGGGUAACAAAGAGAAUGAAAGUGUCAGAUAACGUCUUGGAUGGUAAGCAAGUAGCUCCCUCGUCAGGGCAGCCAAAUGGGCACAAUGAUAUGGUGGGAGAUGCAUUGACUUGCAGUACAACAGUCCUACCUGGAGAUUCGCAAAUGCUAAACUUUUCAGGGUCAGGAGAUAACGUUUUGAGGAAUGUGCCUUCUCAACCUGGCUAUGUACCUUCGGUAGACGUGCUUGCAUCUUGUCAGAAUGAGUCUCAAAGUUCUGUACCUAGUAACAGUAUGACUCCUGUUAAAGCUGAACAUUCUCACAUCAGUCCGCAAAUGGCCCCAUCCUGGUUUGAUCGAUAUGGAACCUUUAAAAAUGGCCAGUCGUUGCCAGAAAGAGUCGGUACAGUAAAGUCCAUUGAACAACCAUUUAGUGUUCAGAGACUUUCUGGUGGUUUGGAGACACAUAAUACAAAGGGGCAAGCAAGUUCUGCUGUUGAUACCAGUCAAAUUGGUGCUAUCUGGAAGAAUCCUGCCCCACCAUCAGUGGCACUUGAGCAGUCUUCCUCACUAUUGCCCAGGAAUGCUGGUAUUCAACAUCUUAUUACCUUAAGACCAAAGAAGCGCAGGCUUACAGCAGCUGGUCUGCAUCCAUGGUUCUUGGAAGUGUCAGCGAGUUUUAAAAAUCUUCAAGGCAUCUGCACUGGUGCAGUGGAAUGGUGCAGAGCAACCAAUCGGCCGAUGGAAAAGGUUGAUGAUGAUGGUGAUGUGAUUGAAGAUGUACUACCAGUCACAAGAUCAAAAAGACGACUUAUCUUCACUAGUCUGCUAAUGCAGCAACUGCUUCACCCUCCCCCAGAGGCAAUUCUAUCAAUAGAUGCUCGUUCCAUCUAUGAGAGUGUGGUUUACUACAUGGCUCGGCUGGCACUAGGAGAUGCGUGCAAUCUAGUCUCUUUUGCUAGAAGUUAUUCCAGUAUCUUUGUUAGUGGAGCAAACUGCCUAUCUGAUCAAUGCGAAGAGCCUGAGAGAAUUGAUGACCAUUGUCUUUCAAAAGUCAUUGAAGAUUUCAUGAGUAAAGCACAAAAACUUGAAGAUGAUUUUUCGAGACUUGAUAAGAUAGCAUCGGUUGUGGAUUUGAAGGUGGAAUUUGGAGAUCUGGAAAGAUUCUCCGUCGUCAACCAUUUUGCUAGAUUCCAUGGGAGGAUGCAAGCAGACGGGGCUGAAACUUCAUCAAUCAUUUCCCCUCGGAGAUACGUCACUGCAGUUGCAUUCCCCGCAAUUCUUCCUGAUGCGGUACAAUGUCUCUCCCUUUGAUCAUUAAUUACUUGAAUUUGAACCGUCCUCGAUGGAAAACUGCAGGAGGAUACUUAGAAAGCAGAGACUCUUUUGCCUUUAGCCUGUCUCAUUCAAUCUUGAGAAAUACAAGUUCAUUACUUGUACAUCUGUGUGAAAUUUUGAAGGAACUUGUAGGCACUUGGGUUUUUUGGGGGGUAAGAUGGGUAGUUCAUAUGUUCAGUCAGUUUGCAAGAUUCCAUUUGGAAGUAGAUUGAAUGUUGUAAGUUUGUCCCUUUUUGAUGGAGCACAUAUUUUGAUGGGACAUUUUUGUAUACAUGGAUGGAGUUGCUUUUAACAGGUCUACAUUUGUACAUACUUUCCAGUUUAAGUUUAGGGUCCUUUCAGUGCUUGGCUG